AUGACGUUGUCUAUACAAACGAAAGCAGGAGUUCUGCAAUGUUAUCGAUUGUUCUUGAGAGCCGGCGAUGCAGCGGUACUUCAUGCCAAACAUCGUCAGCCAUACAUGCGUCAAAGAAUCCGUCGUCGGUUUGAGGAGCACAGGACACCUGUCACUGACGAUCGAUUGAUCGAUUUGCAAAGAAAAGCGAACAACACACUGGAGCUCUUGCAUCUUGCUGCUGAAAAAGAAGGGUUAGCACGUAAAGUGGUCAAGAAUAUUUGCGAUCUUCAAUAUUACCAAAAUUGCUACGAAACAAGGCCUCCCAUGCACACUAGGAAAUUACCGGCCCCUUCCACCUGCAUUUUCGCCAUCGUCGCUCUCUUCGCCGCUGCCGUUUCCGCUGUUCCCGGUCAACACCACAAGGGUAGCAGCAUCCAACAGGAUGCCGGUGGCAUUGGUAACGAAGGCCGUGUUGAAGGUGCCUUGAACAACCUCCUCAAGGCUGGUAUUCUCUCCGAUAACAGCCGAGUUGCCGGUACUGACCAGGAUGCCAACUAA